CCUUGUGUUUUAUUUUAGUCUAACUGUAUGAUGGGUUUUAAAGUUUCUGGUUGUGGCUGUUAGGAAUUACAGAGGUCACUGAAUACUCAAGUCACAUGAUGUGAUAGCGAGUGAAGUACAGGGCUAGGGCAGUAGAGAUAAGUGUAUUUAAAUGCUACCCUGUCCCAAAGGAAACACUAACAUUCCACUUAAGAGAGACUUUCAAGUUAACCUCAUAAUGUGGUAGACAAAACUAAGAGUCACUAGAUCCUAGAUGUUAAGGAAAACCCCAUUAAACCUUCCUUUCAACUGACUGCCCAAAGGACAUAACUCUGAAAAAGCCUCAAGGCCAUGGGGGACCAUUAAUAAGUCUUAAGCCACCAGAAUGAAAAUCAGAUCCAAUCUAGGAUGAGAAAGAAGUCCAAAACAACUUCAUUUCCAAGUGGCUGGGACAGUGCAGAGAAACUUCAGCAGUACUCACCUUUUCAAAACCAAAAUUUUGUUAAUUCUCAGCACCACAGUGAGCAUGUCAACUCUUAGCUUCCUUCCUCUGCUGUUUUGCUUGUCUUCGGCCACGAUGAACUCUUGCUCUACUAGAACCCUGAACCGGCCUGCUCCAUGCCUUAUGGUGUUCAGUGUGCUGGGAAUUCAGGGCCAUAAAGGACAUGCAAGUAGGUGUUAGGAGUGGAUAAAUGAUGUGCUCUGCCCUGAGCCCCAAGGUUCGCAGCGGCCCUGGCCUGUCUGAUAUGCAUCAGUACAGCCAGUGGCUGGCCAGCAGACACGAAGCUAAUUUGCUGCCGAUGAAAGAAGACUUGGCCUUGUGGUUAACCAAUCUAUUAGGGAAAGAGAUAACAGCAGAAACUUUCAUGGAGAAGUUGGAUAAUGGUGCCUUGCUGUGUCAGCUUGCAGCGACUGUGCAGGAGAAAUUCAAAGAGAGCAUGGAUGCCAACAAACCUGCCAAGACCUUACCACUGAAGAAGAUUCCUUGCAAAGCCAGUGCACCCUCGGGCUCCUUUUUUGCCCGAGACAACACAGCCAAUUUCCUAUCCUGGUGCCGAGAUCUGGGAGUUGAUGAAACAUGCCUUUUUGAAUCUGAGGGCCUAGUUCUGCAUAAGCAGCCCCGAGAAGUGUGUCUCUGUUUGCUAGAGCUUGGUCGGAUUGCAGCCAGGUAUGGUGUGGAGCCUCCUGGUCUGAUAAAGCUGGAAAAAGAAAUUGAACAAGAAGAGACACUUUCUGCCCCAUCUCCUUCACCUUCUCCUUCAUCAAAGUCUUCAGGAAAGAAGAGUACUGGAAACCUACUGGAUGAUGCAGUAAAAAGAAUCUCUGAAGAUCCACCCUGCAAGUGCCCAACCAAGUUCUGUGUGGAGCGGCUCUCUCAAGGUCGAUACCGAGUGGGAGAGAAGAUCCUCUUCAUCAGGGGUCUUCAUAGUUGUGCCUAUGUCUCAACAGCCAAAGCAAAGCAGACACUGCAGAUGUUGCACAACAAGCAUGUGAUGGUCCGUGUGGGAGGAGGCUGGGAGACCUUCGCAGGCUAUCUGCUCAAGCAUGACCCCUGCCGCAUGCUGCAGAUCUCUCGUGUGGACGGCAAGACAUCCCCUGUGCAGAGCAAAUCCCCAACCUUGAAGGACAUGAACCCAGAUAAUUACCUGGUGGUCUCUGCCACCUACAAGGCUAAGAAGGAGAUUAAAUGAAACUGAUCUCUGAAAGAGGACUCAUGCAAUGGCCUGUGUCCAUUCUACAGUAUAGUCAGUGUAGUUCACAUGCUCUGAAAAACCACACAGUAUCAGGCAGGAAAAUACUCACAAGGUAGCACUAUUUAUUUUUAAUGCAUCUGUAGAACUUUGCCUAUGGGGAAAAAUUCUAAACGUAAUGAGAUCACACAAAUUGUAAACAAAUCACUAUUAUUCUCAAUAUGUGAACAUAGUAUUUAGAACAAACUUUGUUAGGAAGUAAGUUCUAGGUAUAGCCGUUGAAGGUGAUCAUGACUAGACUAUAUUUACAUAUGUGGGUAGAUCAACAGAAAGUGCCUGCUGUAUGUCUGUCUAUGAGCUAAAGCACCCCAGAAACUUUUAUAAUGGUGGGAUUUUAUAACUAUUUUUUACAAAUUGACAAUGUGAUAAUGUGCUACUAAAAUUGUCAGACAACACUAUAUACUGCAGAGUUUUCUCAGCCAUAAUACUUAACUGGAAAGGCCACUUCAGAGAUGUUUCCAUUGACUUGGAAAGAUUGCCUUAAAGUUCAUCUCUGAUCCCUGACCAAACCAACCUCUGGGGUACUUUUGGAUGUUGCCUGUGCAGCCCCUUAGGAAUAGCAGGUACCUUUCACACACACAGAAGCUGUGUUUAGGAUAAUCACUUAGUGAAAUACAUAUGCCUAAGCUAGCAGACAUUUAUAUUUUGAUGUGUGGACUGCACAGUCAAAUGUUCAUCAACUUUGUGAUUUUGUUUAUUUCAAGCAUUUUCUUAUUAAAAUAUAUAUCUUUAGUUAGUCCUAUUCUGCCAUGCUCUCUCAUGAAGUAAAUUCAUGUAGUAAAUGAUGUUACAGACAUGUAUAUCCAGGGCAGGGCUGUUUUGUAUCAAUGAACAGCAAGAUGUUGUCCACACUGAUUUAAAAAUUAAAAACAGAAAGUUAAAAAAACCCCUACAUAUUAUCUGCCUCUGUAUCAGUGCUUCACUCUUAAAUAAAGUUAAUCUUCAAAACUA